CCUAAAGACGAGCCUUUUAAUAUUUGUGAAUUGAUUUCACACUGGAUGGCACAAGGUUUCUUAGACUUUGAUGAUGAUGAUGAUUCACCGUUGGAACUAGAAGGCUUUGAAUACUUUCAAUGCUUGAACGCUCACUGUUUCUUCCAAGAUUUUGAGUAUAAACAUGAACAACUUAUCUGUAAGAUACAUGAUUUGGUGCAUGACUUUGCUCUCUUUUUGACAAGGGGUGAGUUUAUGGCAUUGGAGGUCUCCAAAGGUAAUACAAGUUCAACAAUGAACGGAGAAAGAACACUUCGACAUUUGAUUGUGAUAAUAGAAAAGGGUCUCCAUUUUCCUGAAUUCAUUCCUAAUGCAGAAAAAUUGCGAAGUGUUCUGAGUUAUGAUGAUGGUUUUGGUGAUUAUCCUGCUAUCAGUGAAAAGGCCUUGUGUAAUUUGUUUAAUCAAGCUAGACGCUUAAGGGUAGCGGAUGUGACUAGCUAUGAUGGUUCAACUAUUCCAGAAAAAAUAAGAAACUUAUUGCAUUUGAGACACCUUGACUUGGCUUAUAGCAGGAACCUAAAAAGGUUGCCAAAUGCACUCUUCAGAUUACACAAUUUGGAAAAUUUAAAUUUGUAUUCCUGUUUUAAUCUUGAGAGAUUGCCUGAUGAGAUAAGAAAUUUAGUGAACUUGAGGUUUCUUUGUACAACAGGUUGCCUCAAAUUAGCUAGCUACCCAAAGGGAGUUGUGAAAUUAACUCGACUCACACAAUUAGUGGGGCUCAUUUUGAGAGUUGAUCGUGACGAUCCUGAAGAGUUUAGCGUCAGUGAUCUAGCAAACUUGAAUAAACUCCUCGUGCUUUGUAUGAAAAUAGUGGGAAGUACAAUCGAUGUGGUUGAGGCUAAAAAAGUGAAGCUUCGAAAUCUGCAGGAGGUGAAGAUAUUGGUGGAUGGGGACAUAGCGGAAGCUGAACAUGUCAUACUUGAAUCCUUAAACAUGUCCUCUGUACCAAGGCACAGCUUUCAAACGGACUACUAUAUGCUUAAAGAAGCACUUGUUUCUACAAUCUUACAGCAAAUAACAACAAUCAUCUAUGAAGGAGCUCUAGAGGAAGUGAGACUACUGAGGGGUGUUAAGGAAGAUCUGAGAAACCUCAAAAAUAACCUCACAUCCAUCAGAGCUUUACUUAAAGAUGCUGAGGAGAAGCAAAUAUCAGAUGAACCUGUCAAGUUAUGGCUACAUCGGCUCAGAGAAGAAUCUCUUGACAUGGAGGAUGCUUUGGAUGAGUGGAGGACUGUACUCUCGUAUCGGCAAACUGAUGGUGCUGAGGAAAAUGCUUCUUUUCUUCAGAGGAAGGUAUGCGUUUUCCUCAGAUGUUUUUCUUUUCACCCUGUUAGAUACCGUGGCAUUGCUCUCAACAUAAAAGAAAUCAAUGGAAGGUUAGAUAAGAUUGCUGAGGAUAAAGUUAGGUAUCAAUUAACAAGCAUGCCAAUCAAUAAACUGCCAAGACAAGAAGAAAGCAAGUCUUUUAUUGAUGAGUCGAGCUUGCUUGGUCGAGAUGAUGUCAAGAAUGAAAUAAUCAGCCAUUUGUUGUAUGAGACUAGCAAAGAAAAAGAGGAUAGCCCAAUCCAAACCAUCUCUGUAGUAGGGAUUGGAGGUAUUGGUAAGACUGCUCUCGCCCAACUGGUCUACAAUGAUGAAAAUGUUAAACAACAUUUCACUUGUAGAGUCUGGACUUGUGUUUCAGACAUUUUUGAUGAGAGCAAAGUUGCAAAAUCAAUAAUUGUGGGUCUUUAAGGCCUAGAUAAACUAGCAAUCCUCCAGUUGGAGUCAGUUCCAUUAGAUGCUCUUUUAGAUGAAAUUUGCAAGUCCAUAGAGGGGAAGAAGUACCUUCUUGUUCUAGAUGAUGUAUGGACAGAAAAAGAUAAAGACUUUGAAGGACU